GAACCCGAACCAGAGCAGCCUGUGUUUGCAGCGGAUACAGACGAUAUGGAAGGGAGAUGGCGUGGAGAGGCUGAGGCCCCAGGACAGCAGAACCGAAUACAGCAGGACAGGGAUACUGAGACAGAGGAGCAUGGUAAUACUACUACUACUACCAAUGGGGACUCAAUGGACAAGGCAAAUCUAAACACUACCUCUACCACUGUUACUACCCCUGUGACACCCAAGAGGCACAACUCACUUUACAAGGACCUCAACGACUGCGAGGUGGGAGGGUUUCGCAAGAAUGGCACUGACUAUGGCUUCCUGGUGCGUCAGAACUCAGAGCUGCUGCGAUCUCUGGAUGAGAUGGAGAAAACCUGCAACCACCUGAGAGAGGAGAACAGCCUGCUGCGUAAGAGCAGCGCCCCGGAGACGGAGGAGAAGGUGAAGCGUUUGAGGAGGAAGAACAUAGAGCUGGCUGUCAUCGCUAGGAGGCUGGAGGACAGAGCACACAAACUACAGGAGGCUAACCUCAAAGUGGUGAAUUCCCCAGCUCCGGUGGAGCAGUACAAGCGGGCGUUCGCCCGUCAACGAGCCCGUGACCUGGCACAGCAUGCAGACACAUUGCUCUCCAAGGACAAGGAGAUCGCCGCCCUGCAGCAGGAGUGUAGGGAGAUGGAGACGCGCUUGGGCACAGCCAAGGGCUCCCCAGUCCCGUCUGGCGUAGUGGAGUUUGAGAGGCUGCUGAGGGAGUCCCAGAAGGAGGUGCUGAGGCUCCAGAGGCAACUGUCAAUCUCCUCCUCCAGAGUCACCUUCUCUAAUGACACCUCCUCUAAAGACACCUCCUCUAAAGACACCUCCUGUAAAGACACCUCCUCCAGAGUCACCUCCUCUAAAGACACCUCCUGUAAAGACACCUCCUCCAGAGUGACCUCCUCUAAAGAAACCUCCUGGAAAGACACUUCCUCCAGAGUCACCUCCUCUAAUGACACCCCCUGUAAAGACACUUCCUCCAGAGUGACCUCCCCUAAAGACACUUCCUCCAGAGUCACCUCCCCUAAAGACACCUCCUCCAGAGUCACCUCCCCUAAAGACACCUCCUCCAGAGUCACCUCCCCUAAAGACACCUCCUGCAGAGUCAUCUCCCCUAAAGACACCUCCUCUAAAGACACCUCCUCCAGAGUCAUCUCCCCUAAAGACACUUCCUGUAAAGACACCUCCUCCAGAGUCACCUCCUCUAAUGACACCUCCUGUAAAGACACCUCCUCCAGAGUCACCUCCUCUAAAGACACCUCCUUCAGAGUCACCUCCUCUAAAGAGAUCUCCUCCAGAGACACCUCCUAUAAAGACACCUCCUCCAGAGUCACAUCCCCUAAAGACACCUCCUCCAGAGUCACCUCCCCUAAAGACACCUCCUCCAGAGUCACCUCCCCUAAAGACACCUCCUCCAGAGUCACCUCCCCUAAAGACACCUCCUCCAGAGUCACCUCCCCUAAAGACACCUCCUCCAGAGUCACCUCCCCUAAAGACACCUCCUCCAGAGUCACCUCCCCUAAAGACACCUGCUCCAGAGUCACCUUCCUUAAAGACGCCUCCUGGAAAGACACCUCUUGUAAAGACACCUCUUGUAAAGAGCCCCCCGGCAGGAAACACAACGGACACGGAAGGCCCUGCAUAACAAAGGAGGAAAGGGAGGAGAAGGCUGCUCUGCCCAAGUUCUAA